CAGAUUUCUGGCCAAUCCGAUCAUUCGGUGAGCGCCGCAGAGACUGUGCCGUUCAAACCAAAAAGCGCGCCAUUCCAGCCACCGACUCAUUUGUCUCCAGCGUAGCACGCGGAUCCCUCAUCGCCUUGUCGUGAACCGCGUCGGAAGUUCUUCAAGCGCAGUUUUCUCCGUCGCCAUUCAGAGUUCGCAGCCCCACAGAGAUAACUAGCACUCGAAAGUACAGUUAAGUGUCGAGGCACCAGCAUGACAGUGCGCAGCAUCGUAGAGAUGUUCGAGAGCAUGGCAGCUUCCACAGGUGCGGAUGCGCCCAACCACCAACAUGAGUCCCCGGAGCGCGGCAACGUCCACGGUCUGGUGACGUACUACGACGCCCUGGCAGUGGUUGAGGAGACCCCGAUUAUCCAACCAACCAAGGUUGUGCGAAUCGUGCCGGCCCAGCCUGCCAUGAGCGAAGCUGAGCCGCAGCUAAAGGACGUUGGGCACAAGGGACAGGAGGAACAAGCUCAAAGUGAGCAGGAACAGGAUGAGCCGGAGCAGGCUGAAGAGGAACUGCAGGAGGAAAUGGUGUAUGAGCAGAAGCAGGAGGCUAGUCAGCCUAGUAACCAGGACACGAGCGAGGUGCCAGCAGCGCCGAAGUCGUCACCACCUAGACUAGUGCGGGAUUGCUCUCUCCUCGUGAGCAAGCUCCCACAGCCGAAAUCUCGCGAGUUUCAUCUCGCUGCCUGCUCGGUGCGCAAGCCCACGUUGUUAGGUGCACAGCGGAGCUUCACAUCUACUACCAGUUCAAAUGCUAUUAGUCAGCCGAUCUGCGUGCCCCCACCGACUCCGAUCUCCUCACGUGUGCGCUCGCCAUGCACGAGCUAUGCCGCUUUCGUGAAUAGAAUCGAGAAUUCAACAUCUCGGUUGCUGGAUUUCGAGAAGGACGAGCGGUGGCUAGGUCAGGUUGAGACCAUGAAGGGCCGUGUGGAGGAGCUCAAACGGAGGAACCAGAUUGCUCUCGCAAAGGAGGUGGCCAGCACCCCUCGCAAGAGCAGGAGUAUGAGCGAGUGCAGUGGCGUGUCAACGGCUUCCACCGCGUCAAUGUCGUCUAUGGAUACGCCGGAGAUCAGUUGCCAGUAAGAGCCUCGCUUCCGUCGAGCACACCUAACUUAUUAUCUAAUGUUAAGCUGCGCAAUCAAAUGUUGCUCCUCACUCCAGUGUCUUGCAUUUUCAAAAUUCA